UCACAUGAAACAGUAGCAGGAAGCUCAGCUGCUGCGUUAGUGAAACAAAUGCAUGACAAAAUGUUAAUAUGUUGUAAGUCACAGAAUUUUCUGUAAAUUGAGAGACUGAAGUGCGCCUGGACAAAUGAGUGUGCGUGCUGUGUGGAUUAUUUCUCAGGAGAAGGGAGAAAAUGUGUCAAUACGCUUUUCGAGGAGGUUUUCUACUGUGGAGCACCGUGCAAAGAGCCUGGCAGGUUCCUCAUAUGUAGCAGUCCCAGAAGAAAGCACUGUGCUGCAGCUCCUGCUCUCUGAGCUGGGGCUGUCAGACUCACACAAGUCAUAUGUAGCACUCAGAGAUGAUUGCCUCCACCGUCAGCGGUCACCAGCCCUGGAGCUGCGUGUGGAUGGUCCUGGAAAGGGAGCACUUUGGCCAGUGUUGGCCAUCUCUCAAGGGCCUCUUAUCCUAGCUUGCCUGCCUUUAGUGGAUGCCCCUGCUGAGCCACGGCCACCUCUGGCCAGCCUGUUGUCAGUCUCCCAGGGCCUCACGCUUCUGGCAGGCCUACAGACUUUUCUACUCGGCUCUGCGAGUAAGCCUGAUAGUGAGGGGCUGGCCUCUCGCCUGGCAAUGCUGCCCUCUGUGCUCCUGCAGGUUUGUCCACUUGGCACACCAUUGGAUGUGCCACUACUGGGGCCACCAGCUACAUCCACAGCACCCACGCCUGCUGGGAACCAGAAGCAGGCAGCCUGGAAGACGGGGCUACACCGGGGUCGGGCUGUGGUGAACGUAGUGCUGAUAGAGACAGUACGUUCCAUGCAGUAUGGUAACCGGAGUAGACAGGACCUGUGGGAUGUCUACGGCACUGUGACAUGCAAAUGUGAAGUGGAGGGGGUGCUCCCAAAUGUGACAGUGACCCUCACUCUGCCACCAAAUGGUUCUCCACUGCAGGACAUACUGGUCCAUCCCUGUGUCACCUCACUGGAUUCCAGUAUCCUGACUGCCAGCAGCGUUGAUAACUGUGAUGGCUCAGCUUUCUCUGGGCCAUACAAGUUCCCCUUCUCUCCUCCCCUGGAGCCUUUCAGACUAUGCAGCUAUACAUCUCAGGUCCCUGUUCCCCCCAUCCUUGGGUCAUAUCAACUGAAGGAAGAAGCAAACCAGCUGCGUGUGUCAGUAACUCUCAAACUUCAUGAGAGUGUAAAGAAUAGCUUUGAGUACUGUGAAGCACGCCUGCCCUUCUUUAACAGGGAUCAGAUGGGUGUUGUGGAUAUGAAGGUGAGCUCUGGACAACUGGAUGUUUCAAAGGAGAAGAACCUGCUGGUUUGGGUCCUCGGACAAAAGUUCCCUAAAUGUCGUGAGGUCACGAUGGAAGGCAGGAUCAGCUUUUCAGGGCCAACACCAGGACCUACUGACCCCCUCUGCACAGAGCUCACAGCCUAUAUUAAAUUGUAUUUCAAAGUGCCUGACAUGACGCUAUCCGGAUGUUGUGUGGACCAGCAUUCAGUGCAGGUUUAUUCCUCUGCCAAACCACGGAUUGUAACAUCCCGAGAACUUCAAUCCAAAGAGUACUUCAUAUGGAAUUCAACAGGCACUGCUCCAGUAUCCUCUGGACAGAUGAUGCUGUAGCAUGGAGAGGAACGCAGUGGAAAUGUGCACCGUGUACAGUUUUGGGACUGAAGAGGCUGUAAAGAAUAUAUAAUAUAGUAGAGUGAUCUAGAUCCGAUAGUUGACCCCAUGAAAACACUUUGUUACUAUUCUGUUGUUACUGGAGAGCUCACAAAUGAUCGAAAAUUCUGCCUUUCAAAAUAGUUUGUAGAGUUUAUAGCUGCUGGUGAUAAAGCAAGAGCUGAUGGGAAAGUGGUAUUGUUGGCCCUAACAUGUUAUUUAACAUUCACAUGUAAAAUACUAGAAUAAUUUUACCAUCACUCAACACAGAUCACAUUGCACAAAGUUAAAGGAAAUAGUUUGACUGGCAGAAGUAUUAGUUUUGUUAAUGGAUGGCUACUACUAAAAUAGCCGCUCCUGUUGUCCAACUUCUUUUAUCCCCCAACCUUCACCCUCCCUCAGAUUUAUCCCAUCGCAGACACAAGGGCCACCCCUUGCUCUGACAGUCCCACUUCAGUGACUCUCCAUCAGCCGGA